GUAUCAAAGCAUAGAAUAUAGAGAGAGAAAGACAGAGUGAGUUAUUUCCCUCUUUUUCUUUAGAGAGAGAAAAUGCUGAGUGUUACUACCACAGUUUAAUUGCUUCUCCAAAACUCAACUUUUUUUCUUCUUUCUGUAAUUAUUAUUUGGGAAUCUGUUUGGUGCUUGCAAUGGGAAACAGUGAGGAAGAGAAGUCUACCAAGACUGAAAAGCCUUCUUCACCUGUAAUCGUGGAUCAAACCAACCAGACGAAUGUUCAUGUCUAUCCUGAUUGGGCAGCCAUGCAGGCAUAUUAUGGGCCGAGAGUCGCCAUGCCACCGUACUACAACUCACCAGUGGCUUCUGGUCACACUCCUCAUCCGUAUAUGUGGGGGCCACAGCCUAUGAUGCCACCUUAUGGUCAUCCUUAUACAGCAAUUUAUCCUCAUGGAGGGGUUUAUGCUCACCCUGGAGUUCCUGUUGGGCCAAAUCCACAUAGCCAAGGAAUUUCAUCUUCACCUGCUACUGGAACUCCUUUGAGCAUAGAGACACCUCCCAAAUCAUCUGGAAACACUGAUCAGGGUCUGAUGAAGAAAUUGAAAGGGUUUGAUGGACUUGCAAUGUCAAUAGGAAAUGGCCAUGUUGAGAGUGCAGAGCCUGGAUCUGAUAGCAGGCUAUCACAGAGUGUGGAUACCGACGGUUCCAGCGAUGGAAGUGACGGCAAUACUGCAGGGGCUAAUCAAACAAGAAGGAAAAGAAAGCGUGAGGGAACACCAACCACUGACGGAGAAGGGAAAACUCACACACAAGGUAGUCAAGUUUCGAAAGAAAUCGCAGCUUCUAAUAAGACGAUGGCAGUUGCCCCUGCUGGUGUUGCUGGGCAUUUAGCUGGACCUGUAGUUUCUCCAGCAAUGACGACUGCACUGGAGCUGAAAAAUCCUUCAAGUGUUCAUUCUAAAACAAAUGUCACAAGUGCCCCGCAACCUUGUGCCGUAUUGCCUGCAGAAACAUGGUUACAGAAUGAACGUGAGCUUAAGCGUGAGAGGAGGAAACAAUCAAAUCGAGAAUCUGCUAGGAGAUCCAGACUAAGGAAGCAGGCUGAGGCCGAAGAACUGGCACGAAAAGUUGAAUCCUUGAAUGCUGAGAGCGCGUCACUUAAAUCAGAAAUAAAUCGACUGGCCGAGAGUUCUGAAAAACUGAGAAUGGAAAAUGCUGCAUUAAGGGAAAAAUUUAAAAUUGCUCAACUGGGCCAACCAAAAGAUAUAAUUUUGACCAGCAUUGACAGCCAGAGGACUACACCUGUAAGUACAGAAAACUUGUUAUCUAGAGUUAAUAAUUCGAGUUCCAAUGAUAGAACUGUGGAGGAUGAGAAUGGUUUUUGUGACAACAAAUCAAACUCUGGUACAAAGCUGCAUCAACUGUUGGAUGCAAGUCCUAGAGCUGAUGCUGUGGCUGCUGGUUGAUUCAGAAAACCAGUUUCUGAUCAUGUAGUUUUGGCAUAUUACAAGCCCAAAAUUACUGCUAACAGUUUUCUGAGGGAUGGAUCAGCUGAAUUUUAGUAUCUAAAUCCAUCAAAACCAGAACUAAUUCAUUGCUCAUCAGUUACUUAGGAACUUUUUAUUAUUCUGUUUAGAUUUGACAAAUAUGAAUGGCUACUACUAAAGUUUGUAUAAUGAAGAGAAUUAGAGAUUUUAGUUUAGAGAGGGAUGUUGAACCGUUACAUAAUUUGGUGUGUAUUAACGUCGGUGUGCAACUUCUAAUGGUAUCUGAUAAAGUUAUGAUGGCUUUUCCAUUGUAUGGCUUUUAUUUUUUCUUAUA